GCCCAAAUGUAUGGAAUGGUAGACAUGGAUGUCUCAAAAACAUCUGAGCGCAAAUUGCAAGAAUUAGCCCAAGAAAAUCAAAAACUGAAAAAAAUUCUUGUCGAUAAGGACAGAAUUGGUAAUGAAAGUUCUUUGAAUAAUUGUCCGCGAAGCAAAAAACCGAUCAUGAAUCUUUACCAAAAAACUAAAUUAGACACUCAGGCAAUGAAGUUAUAUAAUAUUAAAACUGAACAAAUAGAAAUAUUUAAUGGAGUAGAAGAGGCUCCUCCUUAUGUUU